AUGCAUCCUCUUCUGCUACUUGCUCUAUUCCCCUUGGCUCAGGCCAAAGACUGGGACUCUCGGCCUUACAAGAACUUCUUCGAGUAUCCUCUGCCGAUUCCUCCUGUUAAAAUUCCUGUCAAAUCGUUUGAAAACAUUGACUACUACGAGAUUGAUAUCAAGCCUGUCGACAUCGAAAUAUAUCCUGGCAUCAAAGCGCGCCAUGUUGGAUAUGAUGGUAUGGUUCCCGGACCAACUUUCAAGAUGAAACAAGGCCGCGAAGCUGUUGUUCGCUUCAUCAACCAUGCCGACCGUGCGAACUCAGUCCACCUUCAUGGAUCAUACAGCCGUGCACCAUUUGAUGGAUGGGCUGAGGACACUACCGAACCUAACCAAUACAAAGAUUACUACUAUCCCAACGCACAGGCUGCCAGGACGCUUUGGUACCACGACCAUGCUGUCGGACACACCGCCGAGAAUGCCUACUAUGGACAAGCAGGCUUCUACAUCCUGGAGGAUGCUCAUAAAAACUCUCUCAACCUCCCCUCUGACAAAUUCGAUAUCCCUCUUGCUCUCUCGGCCAAGCGCUACAACGCCGAUGGCACACUUUGGGAUCCCGAGCUCAACGGAGAAACCACCAGUGUCUUUGGUGAUAUCAUCCAGGUCAACGGUCAACCUUGGCCAUACCUCAAGGUGGAGCCUCGUAAGUAUCUGUUCCGCUUCCUCGACACUUCUAUCAGUCGUUCUUUCCAGCUCUACGCUGAAGCAGACAAGAACAAAGGCACCCGCAUCCCCUUCACAGUCAUCGGCUCGGAUGCGGGCCUUCUUGCGAGCCCUGUUGACACUACCCAACUCGACAUCUCCAUGGCGGAAAGAUGGGAAGUCGUUUUCGAUUUCGCCAAGUAUGCUGGUCAGAACGUCACACUCAAGAACACCGGCAAGGUCGCUGCAGACGAUGACUACAUUGCCACCGACCGUGUGAUGAGAUUUGUUGUUGGUGAUACUGUCCUCGAUAACACCAACAACGAUCCCCUGCCCGCAAACCUUCGCAAUGUUCCAUUGCCACCAGCCAAGUCAGGCGUCGACCGUUCUUACGAGUUCAUGCGCAGCAAUGGCGAGUGGCAGGUCAAUGGUGUCACUUGGGCCGAUGUUGAGGACAGAGUCAUCGCCAAGCCAGAGAGAGGCUCUGUGGAGCGCUGGGAGCUUAUCAACAGUGCAGGCGGUUGGAGUCACCCAAUUCACAUCCAUCUUAUCGACUUUCAGGUUGUCGGUCGCAGUGGCGGCACUCGCGGAGUGCUUCCUUACGAGCAGACCGCAUUGAAGGAUGUUGUGUGGUUGAACAAGAACGAAAAGGUUCAAGUCCUUGCUCGCUAUGGCCCAUGGGAUGGUCUCUACAUGUUCCACUGCCACAACUUGAUCCACGAAGACCACGACAUGAUGGCCGCUCUCAACGUCACUGCGCUAAAAGACCUCGGUUACGACGAAAAGACCUCCUUCAUUGAUCCCAUGGAUACCAAGUACCGCGCCAAGGCCUUCAAAGCCGAGGAUCUUGAAAACCGCAAGGGCGACUUUGACAUCGACACCAUCGAAAAGAAAUGCAAAGACUUCCAAGACAUGGAUGCAUACAAAAAAGUCAAUGAAGUUGAGGAGAAGCUUGAAGAGUAUUGGAAGACCAGACAGUCACAGACAACAUUGCAGACCGUGACUUCGUCGAGCAGCAGCAGCAAUUCUGCUUCUGUGGUCGCUUCUAGUGCUUCUCAGGCUGUUUCCGGUUCUGGUUCUGGAUCAUCGGUCGCGUCUGCACCCGUGGCUUCCUCGGCCGCAGUGGCUAGCAGUACACCAGGAAGUACUCUCGUUACAUCGGCAAGCUCGGCGAAGACGACCUCUUCCACAAAGAGCGAUGACAAGGGUGGUAAAAAGACUACAUCCUCAUCGACCGCCGCAAAGUCAUCGAGCAAGAAGAAAUGA